CCUCAAAAAUCAACUUUUGGAAAGCUGAAACCGCACUCAACGCUAAUAUGUGCUCACUACGAGUCUCAUUCCCAAUCAAUCACUCAUUCGAUUCCUCUAUAAAUUCCCCAAUCCCUCGCCUCUUCACCACCGCCGCAGCUCCCCAAUUCCCUAAUUUGUCAAUUGCAAUGGCGGAGGAGGAAUUCCAGGAAUCCGACGUCGUUUUCCGAGACUGCGACGAGGUCUCCGCCGCUUACGAUCCACCGCCGAGGCGGAGGAGGACAUCGCGAUCGAGAUCGAGAUCUGCGCCGGUGAACAUUCCAAUGAACGCGUGGCGGCGAUGCGCGGACGACGGCGGCGGGGAGGAGGGGGAGAUGGUGCCGCCGCACGUGAUUGUAGGGCGGCGCGUGGCGGGGAAGAUGAUGGCGCUGUCGAUCUGCGGGAUGAUUCUGAGGAAGGGGAGGGAUUUGAGUGAGUUCCGGAAUUUGAUCUUGCGGAUGACUGGCUUUCUCGAAACGUGAACUCAAGCUUGGAGAAGAAGAAAUAUGUCAAAUUAAAAAUUACUAAUUUUUUUUUAUUUUUUUUCUGAAUUAAAUUAAGUUGCUUCUUAGUAGUAUUUUUUUUUUCUUUUAUUUUUCGCGGAAAUGAAUUUGAAAAUUUAUUCGCAGCGAGAAAACUAAAUAUCGGUACUAAAACGUACAUAUUCAUUGUUAUUAUUGUGUUCUUGUUAAUGUAUAUAUUCAUUGUUAUUUA